CCAAAGGACCUGCGUGGCCGAAGAUACAAUUGAACACCAUGAGCACGUCAACCGAAACACCCGCAGACUUACUUGUCCUGCUGCCGAGUGCGACGCAUAGGCUGUACCAGGCGAUUGUUGAGUCGGGGACUUUGGGUCCAAUCAGCCGACACGGACGGGGUGUCUAUCAAGAUAAAAAUAAAACACCGUUUCAGAUUGUUGCGCUGGAGAAACCCCAAGACUCCGGCAAUGCACCUGCAGUUGACAGUGAAGGGGCAGGUGUUCAGCUGACGCACCUGGCAGACCUCACCGCGGCUGACACAGCCCAUGUGAAAGCCGUGGCUAUGAAUCCCGUGGGUAUGACAUUCGAAGACAUUGACAGGCUGGUCACCCACACGGCUGUGCGUGCUGAGUGGUUCCAUUGCUUCUGGGCGGGGGUAGAUGGUAUACUGAGCCCUGGGCUUAAGGCUGCAGACAGGAUCACACUGACCAACUCCAAAUCAGCGUUUAGUGAAUCACUGGGGGAAUACGCGGUUGGGGCGCUGCUGCAUUUUGCGAAGAAGGUUCCGCUCUCAGUGGACUUGUACCGCCAGAAAAAAUGGGAACAGUACUCCGUAUCCAUGCUAAAGGGGAAGUCUCUAGGGAUUGUAGGGUAUGGCAGCAUUGGGCGAGAGGUGGCGAAACGCGCUAAGUAUGGAUUUGGCAUGAAGAUCGUUGCCGUCAAACGGAGGCCUGAGCAGCUCACAGAGGAGGACCGCACUAUAGCCGACCAAGUGUGUGGGUCAGCGGAUGAUGCGUUAAUUGCCAACUGCGACUACAUAGUCAGUGCACUCCCGGGCACCGCCAAAACACACCACUUCUGGAACACGCACCAGCUGAUGAAGCUCAAGAAGGACUGUGUGUUUGUCAACAUCGGCAGAGGCAACAGCGUCAAUGAACAGGAUCUGUAUGAUGUGAUGAAAUCAGGACACCUGAAAGGUAUUGCACUGGAUGUGUUUGAGAAGGAGCCCCUGCCCGAUAGCUCACCCCUGUAUCAACUUGGCGAGGACAAGGCGUUGCUCACGUGCCACUGUGUGGACAGGACAGACGACUACUGGGAGCUCACCAUGCACGUGUUCAUGGCCGAACUAAACCGCUAUGUCAACGGGGGGGUAGAUGCGCUACAGAACGUUGUAAGCAAAGAGGAGGGAUACUAGUGACCUGGCUCAGAAGCAACCGAAGAUUCUGAGGGCGCUCAUGCGUGAUCUGUGUAUCAUCAUGAGACGUUUCUAGUGUCUUUUGAGUGUCCCGCACUUUAAUCUCUGGUUUGAACUGAAAGCUUAGUCGCGAAUAAAAAUUAAAAAAGAAUCAGUCGCAG